UAUGGACUCGGAAAUGACACAGGCAAAUACGUACUUUAUAUUAUUUGCUAUUUUACUAGGCUUGUCGAUCUUCUUUUGUUAUUUUUACCAGAUGAUUUAAUUUGCUGUCAUUACGGGAAUUAAAUGCAGUGGGAACUAAAGUAAACGUCGCAUUAAACUUUGUCAUCAUGGCGAGACUUUUUAUGUUAUCGCUAGUUGCACUCUCAUGCUACAUCAAUUUACACGUAUUUCUCUCAGUGAUAUCAUUCCAAUCUACAUUUACAUUUGAAAAAAGUGGGAAUUAUUUGUCUAACCUAGCGAACUGAGUGAGAAAGAACCAUUCUUGUGUCCUUCAAUUGUGAUUCAAGAUCUAGAGUGCUAGCUGAUGCUAUUACAAUGGUGUUUGCGUGGUUCAAGAUUAUGAUUUCGCUUUCGCCCGACCAUAAGUUCAGUAAGACAGCUUUAUUCACCCAGUGGGCAUCUUUGAUAGCGUAUGGAGGCGGUGGACUAUCUCUAUUGUGUCUUCCUAAAGUUUGGAGCGCGAUUCUUGCUUUUGAAAUUAGCCAGGCAGAUGAAGGAUUUAUGAGGAUGUCUGGUAUUUAUCUCAUCGCUCUCGGCUUCUGUUACAUCAUAGUCGCUAGAACUGGGUCUUGCCUUAGGAAGCAAGGGCCUAUGUUAAGCAGUAUUUUCGAAAGAAUUCUUUUUGUAAAUGCUGCCCUGUUGAUGUUCAUUCUUCGUGGUAUGGUACCUCUGUAUUUCGCAACACUCUUCAUAACACUGGACACAACUCUCUCACUGGUUACACUCUGCAUUUGGUUUAGAGAAACUUCCCAUGCGUCGGUGACGACCUUUUUCAAGGAAGUAUUUGGCUCUUUACAAAGUUAUUGGUCAUUUAACCAGCGUUCAUUAUCAUCUCUGGCAGUUCAGAUAAUUGGGUUUUUACAGUUUAUUUGUGGUGCAGUCUUGUUUAUUUUCCCAACACUCAUCACCAAAGCGCUCAAGCUUCAACACACCGAAGGCAAGAAAUAUUCAUUUCAAACGUGUUGGUUUUUAUUAAUCUCAAUUCUCGGAUGGUUUCAUAUCUUUGCCGGUGGCGCAGAGCUCACAUCCUUUGCAAUAGCUGCUGUUUUCUACCGCGCGAGUUUUUCUGUUCCAAUGCAUUGCCUAAUGUAUUUUUGUGAUCAACUGGAGCUAAAUUUGCUUUUAUUCUUCGGAUCAUUCGAGUGUGCAUUCGCCGUGGCCGUCAUUUUAUGUAUCAUUCUCGACAGAACAAAGCAAGCGACAAGAAUACAAGUUUUACGAUUAACGCCAGAGCCACUUGACAAUGGAAAAGCACUAAACAUCGUCACUAAUAGACCUCAGUAAAAGAUCCAGGCACAUUAUGAAAAACUAAAAUAAUUCCGGUGAAAACGACCAGUUACACUUAGUAAAUUAUGGGAUAUCGAAUGCGGACACCAAGGAAUCUUAGGAAUCUUCAGUUAUUCAAGAGAGGGGUAGCAUAUAGUUUAUAGAAUUUACUUCUAAAUUAAUCCGUUUCAUUUUGAACUUGUGUUUUUUAUCACUUCUAUACGGCAAUAAAAUUUUAACCGACUCUUGCUGAGAUUUAAAUUCAAUAUCGCGGCGGAAUACGAGAGUAUCAAGAGAAUAAAAACCCCUUAGGACCACUGGUAUAUCGGCUGAUAAAGUCCAAGGCUGAGAAAUUGUUCAUUUUAUGACCCUCCUAUCAAUUUUCCACUGGCUUUGUAUCUUUUCGACAGAUAUCAGUAAUCGGAGAACAAA